AUGGCCGACGUUCGCAGCUUAACAGUUCGACCCUUAACGAAACAGUCAACCCCCAAGGCCGAUAACAAAGAUGUAUUCAGGAUAUACCUCUCCUCCUCUUCGAUGGCUAGCUUCCGACUUCGAGCCGGUGACCUAUGUUCCUUAACGAUGGCAGAAGGAAGCGCAAAGACCGCUAUUGCUUGGACCGCCGUGGAAAAUAUUCAAAAUACAGUCGUUCAAACUUCUCGAGCUCUCCAGGACCGGUACAAUAUCAAGGUCGGAGAGAAAGUUGCCAUAACUAGAAUCGAUGGUUGUCUGCAGAAUCUUGCUUCCGUUACCCUGGUCGAUAUCUCUGACGCCGAGAAGAUUGAAAAAUAUGGCGAGAUCCCGGCCGAUGAAAGACAUUAUUGGGAAUGGGCCCUGGAGUCAAAUCUAUCACGCUGCGAAGUCCUAGCCAGCGGGUUGGUCUUUGACUUGGACCUUAAAGGUCAACGUCGCUCUUUCAAUGUCGUCGCAGCACAGCCACAAAAUGCCGGUAGCACGAGUCAUACCAUAUUCCGAUUCAUCCCAAAGGCCACAAAGGUCUCCAUCGGAACGGACAUGGGUGAAGCAGAAGAACAAAUCGAAGAUAUCAACGAAAGCCUAUCAGACUUCAACGAGCAGCGCAAACUAGUCAUGCCAUCCUUCUACGAAAGUAACCGGGGAAUCCUAAUUUACGGACCCAAGGGCACCGGCAAGACAACCCUUCUGGGACAAAUUGAAAAAGCAGGCUGGAGACAGGUCUUCAAAAUUGGCUCAUCCACCCUCGGCAGGAGUACGAGCGAGAGCGAGUCAAAACUCCGAAAUAUCUUCCAAGAAGCCAUGCGUUCCAAACCCAGCGUCCUCAUAAUCGACCAACUAGAAUUCAUCGCUCCAAAACGGACCUCCCUCGAUUCAUCUUCGUUGGCAGCAGUCCUCUGUGAAAAUCUAGAUGCGAUUCGGAGUGCGUCUGUGCUUGUGGUCGCCGCUACACGACACCCGAAUCUCGUCGAUGAUUCCCUCCGCACACCCCACCGACUCGGAACAGAGAUCGAACUACAAGUCCCGACGGCACAAGACCGUGCUGAAAUCCUGCGUGUUCUUCGGGGCCCAGUGACUGCUGGCUUGAGCGACUCGUUCCUUGAUUUGCUCGCUGAGAAGACCCAUGGAUAUGUUGGAGCGGACUUGUUCGCUUUAUUACAAAUGAUCUGCCGCAAAGCGCGGCAAAGACAGAGCCUGGAGCAAGGGCUAUCACUUCAGAACCUAGAGAUCUCUCCUUCUCCCCAGGGCGAAGAUGGAGCCGGCGUGGAACUGGAUAUCCAAAUUUCAGACAUGAUGUCUGCGCUUCAAGAAGUCCGACCCACCGCCAUGCGUGAGGUGUUCCUAGAGACUCCCAAAGUACGAUGGUCGGAUAUCGGCGGACAAAAAGAGAUCAAGGAACGUCUACAGAAUGCCGUCGAGCGACCUCUCAAGCACGCUCAAAGAAUGCAAAGACUCAACGUAAAAAGCAAAAAGGGCGUCCUCCUCUACGGACCUCCCGGUUGUGCCAAAACACUCACCGUCAAAGCCCUAGCCACAGAAGCAGGCCUGAACUUCCUCGCCGUGAAGGGCGCCGAGAUCCUCAGCAUGUACGUCGGCGAGUCCGAGCGAUCCCUCCGAGAAAUCUUCCGCAAAGCCCGAGCAGCCCGACCCAGCAUCAUUUUCUUCGACGAAAUCGAUGCCAUCGCCGGCCGACGCAGCAGCAGUUCACAAGGUGGCGUGAACGUUCUCACAACACUGCUGAACGAAAUGGACGGUAUCGAGGAAUUACGAGGCGUGCUCGUCGUUGCAGCCACCAACAAGCCAGACGUCCUGGACCCGGCGCUUAUGCGUCCUGGUCGACUGGACAAACUCGUUUACAUCGGACCGCCUGAUCUUGAAGCUCGACGGGAAAUCUUGCGUAUCUGGGCAGCCAAAUCUGUACUCAGUUCGGAAGUGAACCUGGAUGAAUUGGCUGAGAAGAUGGAGGGGUACUCCGGUGCGGAGGUCGUUAGUAUCUGUGAAACUGCGGGUGAUGCGGCGCUUGAUGAGGAGGAUAGGACUGGGCAAGAACAGGAUGUUAAAGCUGAGCAUUUUGAGAUUGCGCUGAGUCAGGUCAAACGGCAGAUUACGGAUGAGGUUAUUCAGGAGUAUGAGCUUUGGGCGGAGGCUCAAUAUUAG